AUGCGUUUCACUCGUUCUCUGGUGCUGCAUAGCGCCUGGAUGCUCUAUACUGCCACUACGGCGUUAGCCUCCUGCAAUGCCGACAAUUGCCUCCGCGCCAUCCGAGCUUCAGCCUUCCCUACUCGGCUUGGUACCGCUGAUUGCUCCUCGUACUUCCUGGCAACAGUGUCUACCACCACCGUUACAGACAAGCCGACAGUUAUCACUAUCACCCCUACCGCCAUCCCUGCCUACGCGUCCGGCUGCCAGGGCAGCGCACGAUACUCCAGCGGCUGCUCGUGCAUCAGCGUCACGCAUUCGACGACGACGAUCAGCGCCUCCCACACACCCAUCAACACCGCCAAUCCAUACGCCAUUGUGUCUCCCAACUCGUGCCAUCCGGCCGUGGCGCCCACGGGAAGCCCGAUCGGAGAGAGCAACAGCAGCUUUUCGGAUGCAAAUGGGGGUCUGUCCUACCGCCAAUUCCCGGGCUCGCAAUUCAUCCUCUCCAAGGGCAGUGACGAAUUGUCCGUGGACUUGUCCGACCUACACGCUGCCGUCAUCUCAGACUCGAGCGGCGACACGCUGAUCAUGUACGACAACGGCACUUUUGUUGCCUUCUUGGCCAAAUGCGCACUCGAGGUCGUGGGCAAGUGGCCGCUCCCCUCCGCGCCGGGCAGUAGUGCAAGGAGAGAUCUCGGCGAGCUGUUGGCGCGGGAUGCCUCGAGCUUAGUUUGCAAUGCCGCGCAGUUCUUCUGCAACGACUGGCGCGGAGUGGGCAUCGCCGCCCUCGCAACCAGCGUCAGCUGCCACCUAAUCGGGGCCGCGAUCGGCGAAGCCGUUGGGGGUGGCAUCGGCUUUCUUGGAAACGCGCUGGGACCUGAAGUGGGCAUUCCAGCGACGAUAGCGGGCCUCAUCCUCGGCAAGAAGUACGGAGAAUACGCGUGCAACGUCGGGGUAGCCAUUCUCUUGUUCGAGUUAUGCCAGGCCUGUCCGUCUAAUAAGUGCCCUCCUGGAAAGAUCAGCUGCGUUGCAGGUGGGCCGUGCCAGGACGCACUCAGCGAUCCCAACAACUGUGAGAGAUGUGGCAAUGUGUGUCCUUCCGGAGUGUGCAUCAAUGCCCAAUGCUCUGCUCCGGUCUGCGCAGGAUCGACCUGCAACAGCCUCAACAGCUGCGGCGGGAGCUGCUUCUGCUUCGAGACUGCAGACGGCACGGGCUUCUGCGGGCCCAGCGAGUCCUGCACUCCUCUACCCGACUGUACUUCGACCAAGGACUGCCAACAGGGCUGGGUCUGCGCCACGGGCACAUGCUGUGGGAGGAACGUCUGCCUGCAGGCUUGCGGUGCCCCUCUAGGGCGCCGAGAAUUGUUGGGCAUCCGCGGUAAUGCGACUGAGCUGUACACAAAUGGCUGGGUCAAUCUUGGUGUUUGA